AUGAUCCAAAGGGCUCAAAGUGCACGCAUACUUCUUAUAUGCUCCUAUAGCAUAAUGGGGAUAACGUGCUUCUACAUUACUAUACUGCGUUUUGGAAUAACAAUGAGAUUGACUCCCAAUAUAACUGAUCCGGGAAGACCAAUGCCUUUACAAACUCAUUAUAUUUACGAUAUAACGAAAAGUCCACAAUACGAACUUACAUUUAUUAGUCAAGCCAUCUAUAUACCUGUCUCCAUGAUGGCCUAUGUUGGAAUUGACAAUUUUCUCAGUCUUCUGAUAUUUCACAUAUGUGGUCAAUUAGAUAUUCUUCAAAAUCGUUUAACACAUUUGGAUAAAUACAAAAAUUAUCACGAAGUAUUAAAAGAUUCCUUAGCAAAACAUAUUCGUUUACUUAGAGCUAUAGAUGUUAUAGAAGAUACAUAUAAUAUAACGCUUCUUUUUUUAUUUAUAUAUUUUGCAAUUCUUUUCGCUUUUUUUGGAUUUCGACUGAUUAGCCUGCUCAACGAAGGAAGUGAUAUGUCAUUUUCUCACUUAGUAUUCUUUAUGUCCACUGUUUUCAAUUUAUUUGUACACAUGUGCUUAUAUUGCGUUCUCGGAGAAAUCUUGAUGAAUCAGGUUUGUUAUACGUAUAUUUAAUUUUUUAUUAUGAAAUGUGAAACAAAUAUCUAA